CUCUCUCUCUCUUCUUUCUCUCUCUUACACACACAGAAAGAGACCACUUUAUUAUAUUCUAUCAGAUCUAACCUCCAAAUACAGCUGAGGUUUAUGUUGUUUUUGUUCUUGAUGAAGAUCACAGGAGCCCAUCAACAUCCCUCUCAUUGUCCAUCAACCCCAUGCAUGAAACAAAUGAAUUUCAUCACUGUCUCUGCCUCUGCAAAAGGAAACUGAACAACAACUCAAAACAAUAUAUUACAGCCCACACAACUGAUUUUCCCUGUUCCUUUUCUGACAACUAGCUACCUAGGGUUUUUGUUAAUCUUUAUAGCUGGAUGAUGUCGCCUGAUAACAAACCGGCGGCGACGAAGCCCGGAGGAAAGGACGAAUCGCAGAGCUCCAACGCCGCCCGUAAAGCAGCCUCAUCCAGGCCCCAAGACCCGCCGCUUAAGUGCCCACGAUGUGAUUCCCCCAACACCAAGUUCUGCUACUACAACAACUACAGCCUCACGCAGCCGAGGCACUUCUGCAAAACGUGCAGAAGGUACUGGACCAAAGGCGGCGCCCUGCGCAACGUACCCAUAGGCGGUGGCUGCCGGAAAAACAAGAAGAUGAAGUCUUCUCCACGGCUCUCCUGCGACUCAAAGGACUCCAGCGGGUCGUCUGAUGUUGGUGGGUUGAAAUUCUUCCAGGGCAUCGCGCCAGCCAUGGAUUUUCAGCUCGGAGGUGCAGGGAUAAGCUUCCCGGCCAGGCUCAACACCUCCCCGAAUACUACUGGUCUGUACAACCAGUUCUCUUCAUUUGGGGAAAUAUCAAACACCUGUGGCGCAAUUUCUUCAACCCCAUGUUUCAAUCUUGAUUCUUCUGUAAUUGGAUUCAACAGUACUACUUUCCCUAAUUUCAAACAAGGAGAUCAAGGAAAUAUGAACUCUCCUGGAUUUCAUCAAGAACUGGGAUCUAUGAACAUCCACAGCAGCCUGGCUUCCUCCAUUGAAUCCUUGAGUUCUAUCAACCAAGACCUGCACUGGAAAUUACAGCAGCAAAGACUAUCCAUGCUCUUUGUUGGUGAUCAUACUCAGAAAACAAACACUAAUCUCCCAAUAUCUCUUGAUCAAACCCUUGUUCAGAAACCCCAGCCCAUUUUGUUCCAGAACCUGGAAAUCUCAAAACCACAAGAAUCUUGCAGAAUUGGGACAACAAAAGAGUCUGGAAACCUGUCAACUGAGUGGUUCUUUGAUAAUUCUUAUGCAAGUGUUGCUCCAACCCCAGCAACAAGCAGCAGCAAUGUAAAUGAGAAUACCAGCAACUGGAGUGGGAUUCAAGCAUGGAGUGAUUUGUCCCAAUAUUCUUCACUUCCAUAGGAAUUCACAGUACUGAUCAUCAACAAUCAGGUCAAAGAUAUCGAAAAGAGGUGCAAAAAGGGAGAGAAGAAGGUAGCUUUUGAUCAGCUUUAUUCCAUCAGUAGGAAGAGAUGAUGAUGUGAUGAGUUAAAGAUUACAAUUAAGAAAUGUUAAUUUGUUGUUGUAGUUAGUGAUCAUGAUCAUAAUUAAAUUAAUGUCUUUUUCAUUUGAAUUUUCAUGUCCCAUAUGUAAAUAUGGCAGAAUUGCCUUGGAGAAUUUAAUUAAUUAUAA